AUGGGUUCAAUUGCUGUCUCUCAGGAUAGCUUUCCCCAAGCUGACCUCAAGGCGGCUAAGCAGAAUAUCAACAAGUCAGUCGCCAAACAUGGCGUUGACAUCAUCGACGUUCGACGAGUUGCGGUUGAAACAAACUUGAAGGACGACAUCAUUUCCAUGUGGAACCCCACAAACGGACCCCGGAGGCUGCCGACCUUGCUGCUUUACAACGAACGGGGCCUGCAACUGUUCGAGGAUAUCACAUAUCUUGACGAGUACUACCUGACCAACAACGAGAUUGAAGUUCUGAACAGCUCCUCGAAAGAGAUUGCGCAGAACAUCUCACCCGAGUCUAUGGUCAUUGAGUUGGGGAGUGGCAACCUUCGCAAAAUCGGUAUCCUGUUGCAAGCUUUCGAGGAUGCCGGGAAGAGCAUCGACUACUACGCUCUGGACCUUUCGCUGGAAGAGCUAGAACGCACUUUGGCGCAACUGCCCUCUUUUCGCCACGUCAAAUGUCAUGGCCUUCUGGGCACUUACGACGACGGCCGCGAGUGGCUGAAGAAGCCCUCAAAUUUGGCCCGCACCAAAUGCAUCGUGAGCUUGGGCUCCAGCAUUGGCAACUUCGAGCGCUACGACGCCGCUGGUUUUCUCAAGCACUUCAGCGAUGUUCUUGCGCCGUCAGACACAAUGCUGAUUGGAUUGGACGGCUGUAGCGAUCCAGCCAAGGUUUAUCAUGGCUACAAUGACAGCAAGGGUAUCACCCAUCAGUUCAUCCUGAACGGUCUGGCAAACGCCAAUGAGAUCCUCGGAGAGGAAGCUUUCAAGCUGGCGGACUGGGAGGUCAUUGGUGAAUACGUCUACGAUGACGAAGGUGGCCGUCAUCAGGCUUUCUACUCCCCAGUCCGCGACACCCGUGUGAUGGGAACCCUCAUCAAGCAGCACGAGCGCAUUCAGGUUGAGCAGAGCCUGAAGUACUCCCAGCGGGGAGCCGAGAAUCUGUGGAACAUGGCAGGCUUGAUCGAAACCGCCCGAUGGAUGAAGGGCGAGGAGCACGGUCUUCACCUGAUCUCUAAGAGAAAGAUGCCUUUCAGCCUGCUUCCUGACCUCUACGCGGCUUCCCCUUGCCCUUCGCUAGGCGAUUGGGAGGCUCUGUGGACAGCAUGGGACGCUGUUACACAAAAGAUGCUUCCCAAUGAAGAGUUGCUGGAUAAGCCAAUCAAGCUUCGGAAUGCCUGCAUCUUUUAUCUCGGCCACAUCCCUGCCUUCUUGGACAUCCAAUUGACGAAGACGACCAAGAAGCCACCCACCGAGCCGGCAUACUUCCAGCCCAUGUUCGAGAGAGGAAUUGACCCAGAUGUCGACAACCCUGAGCACUGUCAUUCUCACUCUGAAAUUCCAGAUGAGUGGCCGCCUGUCGAGCAGAUUAUCGCUUAUCAGCAGCGUGUCAGGGCGAGAGUCCAGAGCCUGUACGAGAAUGGCAUCUGCAAGAUCCCUCGGGCUAUUGCGCAAGGCAUCUGGGUCGGCUUUGAGCAUGAGAUCAUGCACAUGGAGACCCUGCUCUACAUGAUGCUGCAGAGCGAAAAGACGCUGCCACCCCCCGAUGUCGAGCGUCCUGAUUUCAAGCGUUUGGCAGACAAGGCUCGCCAAGCCCGCGUUCCCAAUGAAUGGCACGAAGUACCUGCCCAGUCCAUCAAGAUUGGUAUGGACGAGCCUGCUCUUGACGCUGGCGUCAAUGGCUACUUCGGCUGGGAUAACGAGAAACCAUCUCGGAAAGUUGAUGUUCACGCUUUCCAGGCCAAGGGGCGGCCAAUCACCAAUGAGGAGUACGCGCAAUACAUGUUCGAAAACCACAUCGAGAAGGUUCCUGCCUCAUGGGCUGAUGUUCACGCCAACGGCGCCAAGACGAAUGGCCACGUAAACGGUGUUUCCAACGGACACACCAAUGGCUACGUCAACGGGAACACAAACGGUGCGACCAACGGCGUUAACGGUCACCAAAACGGAUCACCCGCGCUCCCAGACUCCUUCAUCGACAACAUCGCAGUGCGCACAGUCCAUGGUCUUGUACCGCUCAAGUACGCCUUAGACUGGCCCAUCUUCGCGUCCUACGACGAGCUCUCCGGUUGCGCCACAUGGAUGGGUGGCCGUAUGCCCUCCUUUGAGGAGGCGAGGAGUAUCUACACCUAUGUUCACAACCUGAAAAAGAUGGAAGCAGAGCGUACUCUUGGACGAACGGUUCCAGCUGUCAAUGGCCACCUCUCCAACGAUGGUGUCGAGGAGACACCCCCGAAGCCCGCCUCCCUCGAGGCCGAGAAGAUUCGCUCUGAACUCUUCGCGGACCUCGAUGGCGCCAAUGUUGGUUUCCAGCAUUGGCACUGCGUUCCCGUGACGGCCAAUGGCAACCGUCUCGCGGGACAAGGCGAGCUCGGCGGCGUCUGGGAGUGGACCAGCUCGCCCCUUGCUCAGCAUGAAGGCUUCGAGCCCAUGCCUCUGUAUCCCCAGUACACAUCCGACUUCUUCGAUGGCAAGCACAACAUUGUUCUCGGCGGUUCCUGGGCUACACACCCCCUCAUUGCUGGACGGCGAUCUUUCGUCAAUUGGUACCAGCGCAACUAUCCCUACGCCUGGGCUGGCGCUCGUCUCGUCAGGGACAUCAACUAA